UUGGUAGGGUUUAAGAAGUAAGGCAGGCGAAGAUUGAAGAAUGGCAAGCCACUGCGAAUUGUGGCUCCCCAAGAAGAAGAGAUUCUGUGCAAACCCACCUCUCGCUGAUUCCCAAUUCUGCGGGAAUCACACCCAGAGGUCCGAUUCUAAGUGGAUUCUGUGCCCGAUUGACCCUUCUCACUCUGUGCUUGAGGAAAAUCUUGAUAGUCACUUAAGCAGAUGUCCAUUGCUGAAACAAACGCAGUCGCUAACGAGUCAACCAUUCUACCAAAGGGGUAUUAAUGGUGGCAGAGAAGAUGAAGAAGAAGAAGAGAACGCUGCCUGCAAAGAUUCUAUUUUCACUUCAGAGAUGAAGAGGAAUGCGGUCUAUGCAAUGUCUGCGCCCAAAUUUUUGGAAUUGAUUGCUAAGAUAAAGUCUGUUCAUUCUUCCAUAUGCAGCAAAAUUCCCGAAUCUUACAAGAUUCCUGAAGCUUGUAGCAUUUGGACUAAAACACAAUUUGACAGGAAAGUACCGUAUCAGGAGAAACAUGCUUUACAGCAGGCAUCGAUUCUUGGGAACUUGGAAGACUUUGGGGUGUUAAAGAAAUCUGGGUUUACUUGUGAUGCAAUAGGUGAUUCUAAUGGGGAGUUGGAAAAGGAUAGUGAUAUUUCUACAGUGGUCGAGUUCGGUGCUGGAAGAGGAUAUCUUACGCAGAUGCUUGCUGAUUGUUAUGGGAUCAAGAAGGUGUUAUUGGUCGAGCGGAAGUCGUAUAAGUUGAAAGCUGACCGGAGUUUGCGACAGAAAGAGAGCUUAGUAUUAGAGAGGUUGAGAAUUGACAUUGAGGAUCUAAAUUUGAAUGCGGUAGAAUCAUUACAAGGAGUUGCGUAUAUGGCAAUUGGCAAACAUCUGUGCGGGCCUGCAACAGAUAUGACAUUAAGGUGCUGCAUUAAUGAACAUUGUGAUGGGCAUACGUCCGAAGCAGCAACUGGUUACCUAAGAGGCCUAGCUAUUGCUACAUGUUGCCAUCAUCUCUGCCAGUGGAAAAGCUACAUAAAUAAGAAGUAUAUAUAUGAUAUGGGUUUGGGCAAGGAAGAUUUCAAUGCAAUAACUUGGUUCACAAGCUGGGCAGUUGAUGCGGACCAUGGGUCGGAGUUAUCUGCCGUAGAUUCAUCUGCUCAAUUUGAGAUAGUGAGGAGGAGUGAGAAGAAAGAGGUGGUGGGCAUGGAGUCGGAAUUAUUAAGCGGAGUUGGAGAUAUAGUGAGGAAUAUGGAGGCGAUUGAUCGGGCUGUGUUGGGAUUCAUGUGCAAGGAUAUUAUUGAUAUUGGGAGGCUAAUGUGGGUCAAGCAGCAACGACUUGUGAAAUCUGAGCUAGUCAAGUAUGUUCCUCUCUGCGUUUCUCCUGAAAACCGCCUCUUGCUUGCUACCACUAUGAUUAAUUAAAACAUCAUUGCUGCUUUUGUUGUUGUAGAUUAUUAUUUUUUAUUUACAUAAAACGGGGCCCAGCCCAAUUCAAUUGAUGAUGAACAAGAGAAACCACAAUUGAAUUCAAACACUCAGAUUUGCUUUUGACUAAUAAAAAAAGAUUUGUGUUUUUCCACACAAACAAGA